AAUCCAUCUUACUCAUUACUUUCAAUUCUUGUUUUUUCUUUCACCAUGGCGAGAGUUUCUCUUUUGUUAUGUUUGGUUAUAUUGGUUACAUUAGGAGUUGUGGUAACUUCAUUUGCUAACAACGUUGAAGUGCAAUCGGAACACGUGGAGAGCAGCAAGAAAGUUACUAAAGCUCAUCAUAUUUGUAAAGACAAAGAGAAACGAGGAAAAAAGGUAAAUGGUGAUCACAAUGCCGGUUCUGAUGGCAAAGAGAAUAAAAAGGACGAAAAGAAGAAGCAUGAUGUGCAUAAGAAGGAAGGUGAGCAUAAAAAGAACGAGCAGGAUGUGCAUAUAAAGGGUGUUCAACAUGAAAAGAAAGACGAUGAUGAUGAUGUGAAGAAGCAUGGGGAUAAGAAGAAGAGUGUUAAGCAUCAUGAAAAUGAUAAUGAUAGUGAUGAUGAUGAAAAAAAGCACAAAGAUAAAAAGAAUGGUGAACAUGAUGAAACCGAUACUGACGAUGAUAAAGAUGAUGACUCCGAUGAUGAUGAUGAAGAUGAAGAUGAAGUUGAUGGAGAUGAUAAAGAAAAGGAAAACAUUGGGUUAUAUGAGCUCAAAAAGGGAAAUCUAACCGUCAAGUUCACAAAUUGGGGUGCUUCAAUCAUGUCUCUCCAUUUCCCGGAUAAAAAUGGAAAAAGUGGCGAUAUUGUUCUUGGUUAUGAUAGCGUCAAAAGCUAUGAGACCGAUAAGGUCUAUUUUGGAGCAACCGUGGGCCGAGUAGCGAAUAGAAUAGGAAAGGCCCAUUUCAAAUUGAACGGAAAAGAGUACAAGACUGUUGCCAACGAUGGCAAAAACACACUUCAUGGUGGGAAGAAAGGGUUUGGCGAUGUUGUGUGGGCAGUUACAAAGCACAAGUAUGAUGGCAAGAAGCCUCACAUUGUAUUCACUUACACAAGUCCUGAUGGUGAUCAAGGGUUUCCCGGAGAACUCAUUGUCACGGUGAAAUAUAAACUUGUCAAAGACAAUGAAUUAAGUGUAGUAAUGGAGGCAGAGGCUAAAGAUCAAGCAACUCCGGUGAACUUAGCUCAUCACACUUAUUGGAAUCUUGGUGGUCAAAACUCCGGAGAUAUUUUGUCCGAGGAAAUACAGAUCCUAGGUUCAAGUUACACUCCUGUCGACGGCGAACUCAUUCCCACAGGAAAAAUAUCCCCGGUGAAACGAACACCGUAUGAUUUUCUUCAACCCCGUCCUAUUAAAGAUAAUAUGAAGGAUCUUAAAACAGGAUAUGAUAUUAAUUAUUGCUUAGAUGGUAAGGCGGAUAAGAUGAGGAAAAUAGUGGAACUCGUUGAUAAGAAAUCGGGAAGAAAAAUGGAGUUAUCCGCAAACCAACCCGGUUUGCAGUUCUAUACCGGAGGAAUGUUAAAGGACAUCAAGGGGAAGAAUGGAACGGUAUACCAAGCUUUCGCGGGAUUAUGUUUAGAAACACAAAGUUAUCCAGACUCAGUCAAUAAUCCGAAGUUUCCUUCACAGAUUGUUGAACCAGGGAAAAACUACAAACACAAUAUGCUCUUCAAGUUUUCGAUUGUUUCAUAGAGUACUUUGUAAGAGCAUCCACAAUGGGAGCUCUUAAGGAAAUUUUUAGAGGGUGUGAAGCCCACUUUCUUAGAGUUUGUGCAAAAAAGAAUCCUUAAAAUCCUUUGAUAAGUAUUGAUCCUUACACUGUU